CCCAUUUCCAAUAUCUUGUUCAUCUUCCCAGUUUCCAUUCCACUUACUGCGCUAUCUCUUCUCUCAAUAACCAUCCUAGCCGCCGACGAGCAACGGCGGUGGAGAGCUCUUCAACGAAAGCUGCUUGAGCGGAAAUGGAAGUAGUGCGCUAGAACAAUUACAAAGAGCUCAGUCGCAGACUUCCGCUUCCUCUCCCCUUCGUUUUCAAUUUCACCAAACAAAACAUUCUCUCAUGGCUGCCGCAGCCGUCACCACUUUCAACCUCUUCACUCCACCACCACCAAGACCCUCCCUAGCCAGGUACGCGGCCCGAAAGUCCAGCAUCGCAGUUUCUCCUUCCUCCCAAUUCGAGCACCACCGCUGGAACUUCCAUUUGCCUUCUAGAAACCGGAGAGCGUUCGUGCCCAAGGCGGACGACGGCGACGCCGAUGGAGGCGGUGCCGACGAUUACGACAUGGACGACGAAGAGGUGGAGGAAGUGGACAACAAGAAGGAUUAUGAUGUGGAGUAUGAUCCUUUGGCUGGCGAUGGAGACGACAUUGCGAUGGUUGCCAGCAAGAAUUUCGUGUCUACUCAGGGGUGGCAUUCGGAGAAGAUCGUUGAUUACAGAAUUGAUGAAGAGGAGUUCCACAAGAUAAGCUUGUAUGACUGUGAUUUCUUUAUCAGGAAGCCGCCGGACCCUGAUGAUGAUGUGUUUGAUUUCAGGGAGAUGUAUGUUACUCCGCCGGAUACUGAUGUUUAUGCUAUCCCCAGAGUUCUUUGUCCAAUGCCGCAGAAGUAUAUUCGAUGUGCAAAGAGUAACUAUGGAUGUUACAACGUGACUGAACCACCCAUUGAUGCACCCCGAGAUCCAUUGUAUAAAUCCGAUAGGGAGGUAUGGAAGGUUUUCUUGACAAAGCACUACAGGAACCGAAGGCAGGGAGAUCCCGAGUUUAUUUUGGACUUCGAGGAAGUUUACGUUAUAGAUUCCAAAACAAAAUCCAUAACCAGAGCAAAAGUAGUGGUGACUGUUCCGGGCGGGAGAAGCAGGGAUAGAAAGAAUGAUUUGCUUGUUAUACGAGAUAAUGGGAAUUCCUUCAAAAUAAUUGACUCGGCUCAAAGAGACGAUCCUACCACUAUAAUCGAGAGGGAGGAAUGGAGUAAGACUAGACAAGAUAUGGAGAGACACCUCAGCAAGCUACGCGACUUCAGCGUGUCAAACUGGUUCUAAGGGAUACAAAUUAUAAGCUGGUUAUAAUAUGGGAUUAAUGGGACCCCUCGUCAUUAGACAAAUAUAAUGUCCAGCGCUUGCAGCGUCGAAGAGAUUACUUUAGUGAUGGAGAAGCCCAGAAUGGUUUCAAGACUUGGGAGGGCAGAGGGCUUGAGAAUGUUGGGAGCUGUUUGGUGGGAUAGUGUCUUCAAUGCUACCUUCCUGGUCAAAUCAAAGAUUUUUUAUUAUUUGAUAACCCAGGGAACCUCAGCCCCGAGAGCUUUAAGAUUUUUUAUUAUUUGAUAACCAAGGGAACCUCAGCCCCGAGAGCUUUCUGUUACCAACAUCGGGUCGCCUCCGAUACCAAGGGUACCGCUGGGAACGCUCAAGUGGCGUCACUGGGAAUCGAACUCAGGACCUCCCACAUUGAGAGCUCAAUUGGUCCAGUUUCACCACUAGGCUAUGUUACCUUUGGCGUCAAAUCAAAGAUUUGUGGCUUCUUGUUACGGUACUUAACUAUAAAAAUCCUUUUUUUAGUUAAAUAUAUGAAUAGAAAGAUAGAUCUAUCUUAUCC